AGGUGGUUUCUGUAAAGUGCUGCUGGUCUGGCUGACAGCUCCAUGAGCGCGCUGUGGAAGUUUGGCUGAGGAGCUGUGCGCAGCAUGGGCACCGGGGAUUACAUCUGCGUAACGCUGCGUGGUGGCGCGCCCUGGGGAUUCACCCUGCGAGAGGGAGAGGGGGACACAUACAGACCUUUUCUCGUUUCCCAGGUAGAAGACGGUGGGCGUGCCUUCCUGGCUGGAGUACAGGAAGCUGACGAGGUGGUCUCAGUCAACGGGGAGCCGUGUGCCGAUCUCACGCUCCUGCAAGCGUUCGCUCUCAUUGACACGUCGAUCGACUGUCUGCAGCUGCUUCUCAAAAGAUACAACUCCAUCUCCUCUGAAGAGUAUGAAUCCGAAGGGACAUACAGUGAUGAGAGGGCCUCUGCUGGCGAGGCUGUAGAGAGCACCACCCUCCACAUCAUCUCCCCAAAGCACAGGUCCGGAAUCCCAAGAGAACUCUACAUAUCCGAGACCCAAGACGAGGCCUACUGUGCGGAGCUGGACAGUGACACAGAGGUUCCCAAGGGACCCCAGCUGCUUUGCACUGAGCUACACACUUCCUGGUCUGAUGCUCAAAGAGGCCAGGAGCCUGUUUAUAAGAAAAAUGAUGACAAAGUGCAGCGAUGCUUCUCCCCAGGGGACCUGGUGGAGCUGCAGGUGUCCAUGUCUGAGCAAACCCUGGACGACGUGGGCUGCACCUCCCUUGGGAGCGCUCGCGGGUUUGAGGGGGAAGUCUCAGACCCAGAAGCUGUUCAGACCAUCCACACCGCCACCAUCACCACGUCACACUAUGUGCCGUCUUCUGUCAGAGAGCCGCUCAGCCAGCAUGGAGUGGUGGUCAGCUCGGCCUCGAUGCUGGGCCAGGCGGAGGUCACUUUGCAGCAGCAGCAGGCGGCGGCAGCAUCAGGAGCAGGGAGGGGCAUCCUGAGUGUGGGUGGCCCCAGGGUCAGUGAAAGUGCUGGAUCCCAAAGUGAAGGAGAAGAAGGAGGAGGGCACUACGAGGGUGUCGCUGGGUCUUUCAGUGUCUCGUUUGAAAUUCCCCCAGAAGACGCGACAGCAGCAGAAGAGCAGGACUCGGAUUCUGAGGGGGAUCCGGACAAACCCAACAAGCAUCGGGCGAGACACGCCAGGCUCAGGCGUAGCGAGAGUCUGUCUGAGAAACAGGUGAAGGAGGCCAAGUCCAAAUGUAAACGUAUUGCUCUCCUUCUUACGGCCGCUCCACCCAACCCCAACAACAAGGGGGUAUUGAUGUUCAAGAAGCAUCGUCAGAGGGCCAAGAAAUACACACUUGUGAGCUACGGCACGGGAGAAGACAAGCCAGAGUACAGCGACGAAGAGGACGAGGAAAACGAAGACCACAAACAAGAAACAUCAACUGUCGAAUUUACCCUUGUGGCUCCAGCUGAUUCUGAAAUAGACAAGCAUUUUCUCACUAAUGCCCACAGUAGCAAAGGAGUGCUAACUUUAAACUGGGACAAGGGUCUCCUUGAAAUUGAAAGGAACAUGAACAACCAAACACAGAUGGAGUGUUUGCCUGAAACCAAAGGAAAGGGUGCCCUCAUGUUUGCCCAACGGCGUAUGAGGAUGGAUGAGAUCUCUGCUGAACAUGACGAGCUGAGGCGCCAAGGGAUGCCCGUGGAAGGAGUGCAGGAGAUCGAAAAGAAGGCCAUGGAGCACUCCUACAUGCAGUCCACAACAGAGGGCCAUGCUUACAUGGAUGUAAAUAUACACCAGCAAAGCCAGCAACAGUACCAGCAAUAUCAAGAACAGCAGUACUAUGAGCAACAACAGAACUACCAACAGCAACAACAGAACUACCAGCAGCAGCAGCAGCAAUACCAGCAGCAGCAACAAUACCAACAGCAAUAUCAGCAGCAGCAGCAGCAGCAGCAGUAUGAGCAAAGCCAUUAUCAGCAACAGCAAAUAUAUCAGCAACAGCAAGAAUACCAUCAAGAGCAACAGCAAAUCCAACACUAUUCUACAAACAUCAAUGGCACAGUGCAACAUCAAACCAAUGAGAUGCAGAGUUCUUUCAGCAAUCGCACUGCAAAGCCAUUCACAGCAGAAAGCAUGGUGGCUACCCCUUAUGCUCAUGCAAUGAGUGGGACCAAUCAGGAGUCUGUGGGUCAAGGAGAGCAGAUAGCAUCCCGUGAUGAGCGCAUUUCUACCCCUGCAUCCAGGACGGGCAUUUUGUUAGAUACAAGGAGAAAGAAUGCUGGCAAGCCAAUGUUCACAUUUAAGGAAGCCCCAAAAGUUUCUCCUAACCCAGCAUUGCUGAACCUCCUCAACAGGAGCGAUAAGAAGUUGGGUUUUGAGUCAGGACCUGAGGAAGACUACCUCAGCCUUGGGGCUGAGGCUUGUAAUUUCCUCCAAUCUCAGCGACUUAAACACAAGACUCCUCCACCAGUUGCCCCAAAGCCUGUGAUCAAUCCCAACUCUCCUCCUUGGUCACCGCAGAUAGAAGCAACCAACCAGGACAUGCCUCAGUGUGCUGAAAAUAGUCUUUCCACACCUGCUGUAGCCCCCACCACAGAGGCCACUCCUGCUCCAGAACUAGAGCCAACCCCUGCACCUGCCCCUGAGCCCUCUCCCCCUCCUGCUCAACAGGAGACUCCUGCCAGCACCGCCACAGCAGAACAGCGUAUUUGGACUCUUCCGGAGCCUGAAUCUCAACAGCAGCCUAUACAAGUGGCAGCGCAGGAGGGGAAUGGUCAUAUGGCUCCUACCCUGCAGCCUGAGUCUUCUCCUUUGACCUCCUGGGGUGCAGCACAAACACAAGAACAACAACAACAACAGCCAUCUUCAAAUUCUUGGCAUCCAGCUCAAGUGCAACCCCAGGCACCACCUCCAAGUCAGUCUCCACCACAGCCACCUUGGAUGACACGCCAACCUCCUCAGAACCAAGCACCGCUUCAACCCCCCACAAAUACCUGGAGCUCUCAAAUUCAACCAACCUGGGCUCAGCCUCAAGAGCAACCGCAAUCUCAGCCACAGGUUCAGGCCCCUUGGACAAACCCGAAUGAGCAGGCCCACCUACAGCAAAUACAGCCACCCUGGGGUCAAGCUCAAGAACCAAUGCAGCCGCAGCCGCAGCCCCAGCCACAGCCCCAGCCCCAGCCCCAGAGCCCAUGGACUCAGCCUUCCCAACCAGAGUCUCAACAUCAACCACCAUGGGUGCAACAACCCCAGAAACAAUCCCAAGCACAACCUCCUUGGGCUCAACAGGUUCAACCAGAAUCCCAAACACAACCGCCAUGGGCUCAGCAGCCACAACAUCAGGCUCCGCAACAAACAUGGCCACAGGCCCAAGCACCAGGUCAGCCUCAACCGCCUUGGGCCUCAGCUCAGCCUCAACAGCCUCAGCAACCCUCAAUGAAUGCAUGGCCACCAUCACAAACUCAAGCCCAAGCUCAGCCCCCUUGGAUGCAAGUAGGUCAACCACAACCUCAAGCUCAGCCUCAAGCCAAUUUGAAUCCAUGGGCACCAGCACCUUCCCAGGCCCAGUCCCAGCCUUCAUGGGCUCAACAACCUCCAGAACACGGUCAGCACCAGAUGAAUGCUUGGCCCCAGGAGCAACAUCAGGCCCAACAUCAGCCACCUUGGACUCAACCAGCUCCACCCCAGCCCUCACCACAGCCAAACUGGCAACAGCCCACUUCAAAGCCUCCACCAGAACCACCAAUGAAUACAUGGCCUCCAGCUCAGACACAGCCUCAGACACCUGUGAACACCUGGACACCACAGUCACAGCAAGCACCUGUGAAUGUUUCGAUGUCAACAGUGAACACGCGACCCUCACCAAAGCCUUGGCUUCCGCCACAAAAUGCCCCACAAAGCCGGACCCCUCCUUCUCCUCCACAGCGCAUGCACUCUUUUAAUAUUGGUCAAAGAGCUUCGUCACCCAUCAACCCAAUGGCCACCGUCUUAAACCCAUCGUCCCAAGGUUCAGCUUUUGAGAUGCCGGCAGUCAGAGGGAAAGGAGCUGACAUGUUCGCCAAGAGGCAGUCUCGUAUGGAGAAGUUUGUUGUUGACUCUCAGACUGUGGAAGCAAACAAGGCAGUCCGGUCAUCAUCACCAGCUGCUUCCUUACCGAAUGAGUGGAAAUAUACUCCCAAUGCAAUUGGCAGGAGCUACUCCCUUUCCCCACCAGCCAGAGUACCGUUCACCGGCCAGAAAUCGGCUUCGGCUUCUUCCUCCCCGAGGCCUCCAGCCCGGGCCUCCGCCACUCCCCCAGCGAGGCAGACAUCCUGGCUGGAAAAAGGCCACAAACCCCCAACGCCCUGGGAGGCCGCCUCCCGGCAUCCCCUGGGCCUGGUGGACGAGGCCUUUUCUUUCCAGAACCUCCAGCAAACCCUCGCUUCAAAUGUCCGCUUGGCAGCCCAGCGCAAAAUGCUUCCCGAGCCGCCGGCGGAGUGGAAGGCCGCAGUUCCUUACCGAGGCCCUCAGAAAACAGGCAGCCAGACCUGGAGCCAGAGCCAAAGUCGCAGUCAGACUCGAGCGCUGCUUCCAUCUUUCAUGUCCCCAACAAGGAGCCCCGUGUCCACCCCGGUCAGCCAUGCUGGUUACAGGUCCCUGCCCAGACAGUGGCAGCCUCAGAAGCCUGUUAUGCAUUCAAACCUGAGGCCCUCAGUGUCUUCGUCUGAGUGUCAGAGGCCUCUGGGAAGGCAAAAUUACAAGUCUGUGUACACCAGCAACACUUGGAGUUGGAGGCGGUAGGAUGCAGCUCCGCCUGUGUUGUCUUGGAUGAGUAAAAUCACAUCACUCACUGAUUCCUUUAUACAUUUACGAGCAGUUAGAGCAUCUUCUGUUAGAAUAACUAAACAAACAAUAGUGUGUUAGUAAGAAAAUAACUAAAAUGGGAAGAGAUGGCUAGUUUUCUCCUGGUUUUAAUACAAUACUUUCAUUUUUUUAAAAGAUGCAUUCUACUGUUUUUGCUGUUGUAGCUUCCAUACAAAAGGUGUUAGGUGAAAUCAUUUACUUUGCAUGACGUAAUCAAAAGAGAUGUUUAGUUUGUAGACUCAGCGACAUUGAACUGACAGCUUUCUAGUUUGGUAAAUACACUGAAGUGGGCCUGUUGAUGAGAUGGAGAUGCGUAUGUAGUUUAGAAUGGACACAAUGAGUACAAAGUAAGAGUGGCUGUAUGUUAGCAGUAGCUAUAUAUAGACACAACUGAACUAUAGAACAACAGGUAACUAUGGUAUCUUGAGAGAAGAGUUACGGAUAACGAGAGAGAAAGAAACAGCGAUCCACCCUUCACGUAGUAAGUCGCAAGAUUGUUUCUGUAGUUGUUUAAGAGCUUUGCAGUUCACCCUGGUGUCAUUUUUCUGCUGUGGAUGUAUGCAUUUAGCGUGCAGGAGGAAGUGUGCACUUUUGUUUUCUUGCUGGUUUUGUUUGAUUUUCAGUCCACGAAACUCGAAAUCGCUUCAGUGUCAGAAUGCAAUUAGUGGUGCAUUAGAACCGAGGCUUAAAACUUGGGGAAAGGUUACCGCUAUAACUCUGCACGCUGUGGGCGGACGUGUCGUUAUGUAAUCUCUAAUCAGUGGGAUUAAUUCACUUAUGUACCAGGUGCAUUUUAAUUAGUGCAUUAGCAUGUGGCUACUCAACACUUUUCUUUGUGUACUUGGAAACACAAGUGAAUCGUCGCGCUGUAUGUGUAAAAAACAAGCUUCGGGGGUAAUGGAGUUUCAGUUGGGAGUGAAAGUCGGAUUGUUAAAUGUGAACGAAUCCUAAUUAUGACAACAAAAGUGAUUGUUUUAGUCGAUAAAAAGGUUUGGGAGAGCUGCAGGAUGUAAUGGGUUUAUAUUUGGUUUUGGGCUUUUGCUAUAGGCUUGUAAUCAUCUCCAAAAAAAAAUAAAAAAAUUAAAGCUAGGCUGGUGUUUCCACAGAGUGUACAUAAUGUCCUAAUGUGAUUCUCACCAAGCAAUCUCAUAAACGUAAAUAAGAUUUAUCACACGGCAUUGUGUUGUGCCUCAGCCGACUCACUUAGCGUGAUGAUUUCACUGUACCGCUUUCCGUUCGAACAACACAAAUUAUGGUUCACAACGCAACACCGGUAAUCCAUUUCAGCUGCGGACUAAUUCAGACAUAGACUCACAUUCGGCAUUUUGCUAAAUAAAUCCAACCGAAUAGCACCGUUUCGCUCUGCGUGUUUGUGCUCUUUCCAAGUUUGAAAUACUUUGCUGUGGGCCAUUUGUUGCUUGCUGUAGCAUCCCAUGGAGCUGUUUGCGUGAUGUGUUGUCUGGAAUAUACAGCAGGCUGGGAGGAGGAGGAGGAGGAGGAGGCGGGUGAGGCCCGUUCCCAUGGCGACCCCCCGGUUACGUAAUAACAGUGGGUACCUACUGUAGCCGAACAUUAGAGGAUGGGAGACGAGGGCACAGAGGGAGACGAUAAACAGAAAUUUAUUUUCCUACCAAUUUAGAUUUGAAAAAGACUCAAAGGGAAGCGUGAAUAUGAGCCGUGCGUUCAGCUUUGAAAUAGUUAAUUCUGUGCAUAGUUUUCUCUCUACCAGGCAUUAUUCCAUUAAACACCAUGCUUCAACCUGUCAUGCAA